UUUGAGGGCAGUAUGUCAGUAUUAGGACGUAUCAGCCUUAAGCCCCAGAAUCUUCUGAACAUAUCUCGUGCUGCAUUCUCUUCGGCAAACAAUGAUCCGUCACAGAACGUAGUGUUGGUAGAUGGAGUCCGAACACCUUUCCAAACAUCCUGCAGUGGCUAUGAGAAACUCAUGGCACAUGACCUUCAGAAGAUGGCAAUCAGUGGUCUGCUGAAGAGGACGGGAGUAGAGCACAAAGACAUUGAUCACGUGAUCUGCGGAACUGUUAUCCAGGAGCCUAAAACCAGCAACAUAGCCAGAGAAGCGAUGCUCGAAGCUGGACUUCCCGACACAAUCCCAGCGCACACAGUAACACUUGCAUGUAUCUCCUCCAACGUAGCUAUAACUGACGCCAUGGGCAUGAUCAGGACUGGCGCGGUGGACAGCGUGAUAGCUGGCGGUGUGGAGACCAUGUCAGAUGUUCCACUGAGGCUGAGCAGGAAGUUGAGGACCAGGCUCAUUUCCAUGAACUUGAAGAAGAAGAACAAGAGUAUUGGUCAGAUGGUUGGACACAUGAGGGGGAUCAAGUUAAAGGAUGUUUUCGGUAUCGAGAUGCCAGCGAUAGCAGAGUUCAGUACCGGUGAAGUUAUGGGACACUCUGCAGACCGUCUGGCUGCUUCGUUCAACGUGUCCCGUCUAGAACAAGACGAAUACGCUCUCCGGUCCCACUCCCUCGCUGACAAGGCAACAAAAGAGGGGCUCCUUAGUGACGUUCUGACGGUCAAAGUGCCUGGUGUUGCUGAGAAAAUUUCAACUGAUAACACGAUUAAAUUGAACACGCUAGAAAAGAUAAGCAAGUUGAAGCCCGCGUUUAUAAAACCAAACGGCACAGUCACUGCCGCUAACAGCUCAGCUCUGACUGACGGAGCGUCCGCGUGUCUUAUUAUGAGAGAGGACAAGGCUCUUGCUCUGGGUUUCAAGCCUAAGGCUUAUCUCCGGGAAUAUUGUUACGUGGCUCGUGACCCUAAGGAACAGCUUCUGCUCGGUCCAUCCUACGCAACAAACAAAGUUCUGGAGAGAGCUGGUUUGACAAAGGACGAUAUUGACGUGUACGAAUUCCACGAGGCGUUCGCUGGACAGAUCCUAGCAGUUCUUAACGCCCUUAAGAGCGAGAGCUUCUGUAAAAAUUACAUGGGCAGGAGUGAGGCGUUCGGUGAGAUCCCCUUGGAGAAGUUUAACAAUUGGGGCGGGUCCCUCUCCCUUGGUCACCCCUUCGGAGCCACAGGUGUCCGAAUAACCACUAUGGCAGCUAACCGACUGAUCCACGAGGACGGACAGUUUGCACUUCUAGCUGCGUGCGCGGCUGGUGGUCAUGCGGUUGGACAGAUCCUGGAGAGAUACCCCUCUUAAUUGGUUAUCCUACUUAACUAAUCAGACUCGACAUUUUAAAUAGAUUUUGUACAUGUUGAACACAAACCAUCCUAAUUUAUAAAUAUAAGACUUUUGAUUGUAAAUCACCCGCAAUUUUACGAUAUCGUAUGUUGCAGAUCUGCAGUCAAACUUUUCUUCUUUCACCUUGACACGGCAAAUAAUGCAUGAAGUUUGUCUUUCACCCAAAUCAAUAAUAUAAUUAACUACUGUCCUCUGUGAGUCUUGAUUUAUUAAUGUAUUUAUAGAGUCCCUAUGUUAGGAUUUUGUUGAUUCGAUUAAAUUACAAUCCCGAAGUUAAUUAUAUCGAGUCCUGAAUUUUUGCCACUUAUCUGGAUCAGAUGUUAAUCAUGAACUUAGUUAGUUAGAAGAAUUUAUGCUGUAAUUUUCACGUUUUGGUAUUAAUGUUAUUUAA